AUGCCUCCCGGAAACCCGCUAAAAACUCAAAAGCUUAAGGUAGGCGCAUCUUCGUUGAUGGAUGCAGCAUUGAACUUUGACGUGAGGAAGUGCAAAAAUCUUGUGGAUAAUGGUGCCGAUUUUAAAGAAAAGACCAAAGAACACGGCGUCUCCGUGGUGCACUUCGCAGCCGCGAAUAAGAAACACGGGGUCGAGCUGGUCAAAUAUUUCGCGUCUCUUGGCUGUAAAGUAGAUGCGAAAGACUCAGAAGGAGAGGAGCCCAUUGACUACGCCAUCAGAGAAGAAGCUUUCGCGGUCGCAAAGGAAAUUCUCACGCUGAUUAAUCCUUCCUUCAACCUCUUGCAAUAUUGUGCAAUCCAGAGCAACUUGGUAGCUGCCAAAAGGGUGCACGAUUUGUACCCAAAACUUGCCAACGAGUUGAUCUCUGAAGGACUAAGCAUUAUUCACUUUGCAGCAUACUUUGCUGAUCGACGUAUGUGUAAAUGGCUGAUUGACGAAGUGGGCGUUGGCGUUCAUUCCAGGAGUACUGAAACAAAAAGGACAGUCUUGUAUUACGUUAGCUUCAACAAGAGUGUGAACCUGAAAUCUCUUUUUGGAGAGACACCAAUUCUCCUCGCUAUCAAAGCAGGAAAUGUCUGCGCCGUAGAGAAAUUGUGCCAACUCGGCGCCGACUUGUCAGUCACAUAUAAUGGGGUCAAUUUAGUGCACCAGUGCAUCUAUCUCGACAACCUGGAUGUCGCCAAGUUGCUGCGCAGUUUCAGUGAUACUCUGGUCUCCGUAAAAACGCCAAACGUCGGGAAAACCGCGCUUCAUGUUGCAGCGGAGUUGGGAAAUGAUCGAUUUUGCGAGUGGCUUGUCGAGGAAGAAGGUGUCAACGUGAAGGACAAGACAGCCAAGGGAGAGACUGCCGCCGACCUAGUUCCUUGGUGCAACCUUCAUCUCCUGAAAUACCUCAAAAAUUCAACUUUCAAAUAG